AUGUCGGAAGCAGAGCUAACAACCCGCCUGGCGAAGUUCGUCGCCGUAAGUGGCGAGCUGGCUCAGCUUGUCAAGAGGAGUGUGCUUCGGAGGGAUGAGGGGGACUUUGAUCCACGGUCUGGGCUGUUCAAUGCGGCCGUGGCGCUGAAUGCGUGGCUCUUAGACUUGCCGGUGAACACGGAAGAUGUCGUCGCCAUCCUCAAAUUCUGCAAUGCACACGGGUUCUCGCCAUCUGUCAAGAGUGGAGGCUACGCUACAGCUGGCUGGGCCAUUCAAGAAGGCAUUAUCAUCGUCAUGCGCCUGAUGGAUAGCGUGCGCAUGCAUGUUCCACGCCCACUCGGCGUGGCCUUGCCAGAGGCAGGAACACCCAUGCUAGCAGCCUCAUCUUCGGUAUCGUGUGUCCCACAGCCUCUCGCGCAGGCACAGCCGCAACCGCAGGCCUGGCCACAGCUGACCACGACCAUUUUAACGUCCAAUGUCGCGGCGAUCAAUGAACGCGCAAAGAUGGUCAGACAGUACACUGGUCUGCUUGCCGGCGGCGACAGCAGCGCGCCGAACUGUUUACGCAAGCCAGACAUUAUACCGGCCAGCGUUUCGGCCGCAAGAGGCAAUCUGCAAGAAAUGGUCGUCAUGCAGGAGCCAUCCUUCAGCAUCAUGCGAGUCACGCAGUAG